GGUAGACAAUCUCAGAUUCUCAGUCAGACUCGUAUCUAGCGUCGUGCUGGUGUGUACGUGAAGUGCGUGCCGCGAGUUCACGUACUGUAACUUGUACUUUAGGGUCAUACAUCCUAGAUGGUGUAAAGAUAUACACGGUGCCAUAAUCUGUCAACCAGCAGCAUGGAGGAGGUGAGUGGGAGGACGAUGAUCUUGGUGCUGGUAUUGGUGGGCUUCGUGGCUGUGAACACUGAUGCCACUACUGGUGAUGUAGGUGUUGACGCAGAGAAUGGGGGCAAAAGGGUGCUGAUGCUCCACCCCAUGUACGCGGCAUCCCAUGUUCUCACGUUAAGGUCCUUGGCUCGGGCACUGGUAGCUAAGGGUCACCAGGUGACAGUGGUCAGGUGGCAGGAUACUCACCACUACCCCCCAGCCAACCACCAUGGUAUCACCGAGAUCGUUCUGGCCAUUAACAACACGGACGGCUCAGUGCCUCACAUGACUGUCGAGGAGAGGGCCAGCUUCAUCAUGCCCCAGAAGUUAAUGUGGAGUCGAGGCACCUCAUUCACUGCACUGCCAGUGGACGCCUUCUUGACUGUGGCAGCCUUCUGUCGCACCCUGCUGGGGAACACUAACCUCCAUCGACACCUCAGAGAACAGAACUUCCAUGUUGCCAUUGUCGAUCUCAUUUAUAAUGAGUGUAGUCUGGCCCUGGCUCAUGACCUAGGUGUACCAUCAGUUGGGUACUGGGCAUUCACAUUUGCAGGUGGUGAACCACAGUACACCACAGCCUUCAGCCCGCCCUCCUCCGUCCCCCUCAUCCUCUCUCAUUACCGCAGUGUGAUGACCUUCUCCCAGCGCAUCAUCAACCACCUCCAUUCAAUUGGCAGCCACCUCAUUAUGCAGAUGCAGUUUGGGGUGACAGGGUACCAGAUUAGUCAGUACUUGCCUUUGUGCCCCUCGCCGUCAACACUGCUGAGUGAGAUGUCUGGGAUGCUGAUUAACUCUCACCCAGCCCUCGACUACCCAAGACUCCUCCCUCCCUCCUUCAUCAAUAUUGGGGGUCUACAGGUCCACCCCCCUCAUCCCCUCACUCAGGAGCUGGAGGCUUGGGUGGCAGGGUCAGGGUCAGCUGGCACCAUACUCUUCAGCUUGGGCUUCAUCUUCAACUCCCACAUUGUCCCCAUUCACGUCUUCAACAACUUGAUGAACGCCUUUAGUCGACUUCCACAGCGGGUGUUGAUGAAACUGGAGGGGAGCCACCCAACCCCGCCCCCCAAUGUGAAGAUCGUCACCUGGAUCCCCCAACAGGAUGUAUUAGGUCACAACAAUAUAGUGUUGUUCUUCACACACUGUGGGAUGCACGGGGUGUUGGAGGCAUUGCAUCAUGGCGUCCCUAUGGUGGGCAUGCCAGUCUUCGCUGACCAGCAGGAUGUCCUUGUAAGGCUGGAGGAGCGUGGUGUGGCUAAGGGUGUCCACAAGGAGGCCUCCGAAGAGGAAAUCUACCAGGCUAUUGUCCAUGUCCUCAACACCGCCAGUUACCGGGAGAACACACGCCGUCUGUCAAGAAUUGUGCGAAAUCACCCACUGGAGCCACUACGUCAUGCUGUCUGGCUAGUGGAGCAUGUGGCUGCCAACCAAGGGGCUCAAUACCUCAAGUUCUCUGCCAGACACCUCAAUUUCUGCCAGUUCUUUGGUCUUGAUGUCUUUGCCUUUUUGUUGGUGGCCACCUUUUGCUUCUACCAUUACCUCAUCCCAUUGGUCAAGUAUCUUCUGAAUAGCUUAAUCUGUUUAAAAUUUUACAGAAGGAAAAUAAAAGUGACCUGAUUGUUUUAUAUAUUAUAAAUAGUUAUUUGUUGCAUAUUGUAUUCAUACUUCAUAGAAAUGGGGGAAGGGUUCUUGUACCUGUACUAAUCUUUCAUUAGACAAUUUAUAAAGGAUGAAAUACAUCUCUAAUAUACAAAAUUCUUACUUGGUCUACAGUGUAUUUAAUAGCUUUAAAUUUUGUUUUAUUUACUGAGCAAGUUUCUCAUCUCAAAGUUAUGUUCAUACCCCAUCAACCUAGAGACCUCUGGCUCCUCCCUAGCAUAAUGAGAAAACUGUAAAUGGUAGAGUGUUAUCUACCAUGAAAGAAUAUGACAUCAUAACUGAUAAUUAAAUAGAACAGGUAUUUUACCACAGAUAAUAUUAAUACAGUAAAAAAAAAAGUUUUCAAAUACCUAUAUACAGCCAUCUAAACAGGAAAGCUUCUGUAGUUUUUAUUGUUUACUGGGUGACAGUAAACAUAUCAACAGUGGAUAUGGCUGUUAAGUUGAUAAAGACACUUCUUUAUGGUGAAACAGUCCACUCUAGAUGGUUUACUGUAUAAUGGUAUUGUACUCUUCUGUAUGCUGCACUCGCCAACCCUUCACCUUAUUCAUACUCACUGCGCAAACCUCUCACCUCCACAACAAUAAAGUUCAUAAAAGUCA